UCCUAGGCGCGAACGAAAGCAGUGACGGAGCAGCCUGGUAACCGGUAACUAAAUGACCAUGGAAUCUGGAGCAGAGAACCAGCAGAGUGGAGAUGCAGCCGUUACAGAGGCAGAAACCCAACAGAUGACAGUACAGGCACAACCACAGAUUGCAACGUUAGCCCAGGUAUCUAUGCCAGCAGCUCACGCAACGUCUUCUGCGCCCACGGUGACCUUAGUUCAGCUGCCCAAUGGGCAGACAGUUCAAGUGCAUGGAGUAAUUCAGGCUGCCCAGCCGUCAGUUAUUCAGUCUCCACAGGUCCAGACAGUUCAGAUCUCCACUAUAGCAGAAAGUGAAGAUUCACAGGAAUCAGUAGACAGUGUCACAGACUCACAGAAACGAAGAGAAAUUCUUUCCAGACGACCCUCCUACAGAAAAAUUUUGAAUGACUUGUCCUCAGACGCCCCAGGAGUGCCAAGGAUCGAAGAAGAAAAGUCUGAAGAGGAAACAGCAGCGCCUGCCAUCGCCACUGUUACGGUGCCAACUCCCAUUUACCAAACCAGCAGUGGGCAGUACAUUGCCAUUACCCAAGGAGGAGCAAUACAGUUGUCUAACAACGGCACAGAUGGAGUACAAGGUCUCCAGACGUUGACUAUGACCAAUGCAGCUGCAACCCAACCUGGCACCACCAUUUUACAAUAUGCACAGACCACAGAUGGACAACAGAUACUUGUACCCAGCAACCAAGUUGUUGUACAAGCUGCCUCAGGAGAUGUGCAGACCUACCAGAUUCGCACAGCCCCUACCAGCACCAUUGCACCAGGCGUAGUCAUGGCAUCCUCUCCAGCACUUCCAACCCAGCCAGCAGAAGAGGCCGCACGGAAGAGAGAAGUGCGUCUAAUGAAAAACAGAGAGGCAGCACGUGAAUGUCGCAGGAAGAAAAAGGAGUAUGUGAAAUGUCUAGAAAAUCGAGUGGCUGUGCUUGAAAACCAAAACAAGACACUGAUUGAGGAGUUGAAAGCACUUAAGGACCUUUACUGCCACAAAUCAGAUUAAUUUUGGAUUCCCAUUUUCACUUUUCCAGGUGGGAUAGAGACUGGUUCUGGCUAUACCCAGAAAGACAAAGUAAACUUUUUAUUUUCUAAACAUUUCUUUUUUUCUAUGCGCAAAACUGCCUGAAGCAACUACAGAAUAUACUUCAUCUGUGCUUUGCAUCAAACUGUGAAUGUUCAAGUACUUGCCUCCU